ACGUUUUAUGUCUGCACCUGGAUAUCGCAAUUUUUUUGUUGUCGUUGCUGAGUUUCACUUCAUUUGAACUUAUCGAUUUCUUUAUAUUAUGUCAUACAGUACACAAAUCUGAAAUCCUGCUCUAGUGACAGUGGGCGAGCUGAAAGUUGCCAUCAGUAUAUAUUUGUUACUUUAUGUGUACAGUUUAAUUCGUCCGAUUAUCACGCUUACCUAUUCUGUGCAUUACUUUACCGACUUUCGGGAGAUAUAGCAGCAGACAUCGUUUGAAUUAACUUCCACCAUGUCAAAAUUCUUAGGAGCAUGGGAUAUGGACGAUCUUUGUGAGAAAUCGGAAAAUUUUCUCAACUUCUGCAAAGCUGUGGCCAUGAAGCCAGAAGAGAUAGAAUACUACAAAAAGAUGAAAGAAACAAUCUCUUACUCCGGUCAAGGUGACCAAUGGGUGUGCGAAAUCUCAAUGGGAGAAAACAAAAGCAGGCACGAAUUUAAACUUGGAAUAAAAAAUCCACCGGAAAAGGGAAUUGACGGUUCAACAUUCUGUAUUGAGCCUACGUUAGAAUCUGAGGACAAACUUGUGGAAAUAGCUACCACAAUGCUGGUUGGACACGAUAAGGAGGUUGUCACUAGGACCGAGAGGUUUUUGACCGCUCCCAAUAAAAUGAAAUCAAUUGUGACUGACGUAGCAUCGGGUGUCAGCAUGACGUUUUAUGCAACCCGGAAGUGAUGUUAUAAUCUUCAUUCGAGAUUUGUACGCAUGACAGAAAUCAGGGCUGUGGAACAACCUUACAAACUAUGUGACGUUAAGUCCGAAAUCACCUAAGUGUACUUUCAUAUUAUUGGCAAGUGUUUUCCUACACUCGUUUUUGUGUGCGUAAACAUGAUUUUGUAAAUGUCGGUCAAACAAUAAAAAGAAAUUGU